GCCCUGCGGGGGCGGCUGUGAGGAGAUGACCGCGGAUCGAACCUGAAAUCUCCGCGGGGUGUGUGUUGCCGGGCGGGGCUGCGUACUUUCUGCGUGCCUUCCUGGCUGCGGGCUCUGCCCUUUUAACUUUAAAUAACUGCAGUAAGGGUGGAGUGGAAGGAUAGAAAGCGUACAGAGUCACAGAAUCACCUGGGGUUCUUGCCCCCCCACCCAUUCCUGAAUGGGAAGGGGUCCAUAAGGAUCGCUGAAUCCAACCCCUCGCUCCACACUGGUGCACCCAAAAACCAGUCCCGAUGUCUGAGAGCACUGUCCGAAUGCUCCCUGAGCUCUGGCAGCUCAGGGCCGUGCCCACUGCCCAGGGCAGCCCAUUCCUGUGCGGAUCCAGAAGUUCGGCUCGGUGACCCUUACGGGUGCCUCUAAAUUCAGGAUAGUCCAACAAUCUAUGUUGAAGGACCUUCUCCAGAACCCCAACCUGACACCCCCACCCCCCCCACCCCCCCCCCCGACACAGCUCCGUGCCCUUCCCUCAUGUUCUGUCACCAUCACUAGAGAGUUUCUGACAUUUUGCUCUUGAGGAAUACUCUUACUGAGCAAAACAGUUUCCUCAGAGCUCCAGCAAACAGUGGAGAAUAUCACUCCGAAACCUGGUGGCACAUUGCCAGCUGGGCCUGGGUUUUGCACCUCAGUACAGGACCGAGCUCCAGGCUGUGUAAAACCAGCUCUUUCAGCUGCUGACUGCUACUUCUCACUUUCCCAACUUUCCAUCUCUUUUCUUUCUUCUUUUCUUCAUCUCUUUUCUUUCCAAACUUCCCGUCACCUUUCCUGCACUUAGGCCAGUUGUGAAUAUAUCAUCUGCACAGUUUUCCUGAAGCUGAGUUCUGUAUUAAGAGUAGGAAGCAACAGUGCUGGGAAAAAAAUAAAAGCAAAAACCCAAGGAUUUCUACCCCUGCCUUUUCAAGUGCAAGAUCACAUUUUAAUGCAUUAACGUCCUUAUUAGGAAAAUUCAGUAUACCUGCACACUGAAGGCCCACACUGAGUUUCAGAUUAUUCUUAGUCUAUUUUUGAAUGAGAAAAAAAUUCUCUUUGGCACUCUUCUCCUGUUAAAAGUGUAAUCUACCACUGACGAUGAUCCCAAACUUGUAAGCUGAUCAUAAUUACAAGCUCAUGUAGUUGUGUGAAAUUCUUCUGAGGUUGUUAGAGCCUUAUGGAUCUCCACCCAGAUAAACUGAAAUUGCAAGAAUUAAACCAGUGACAGUUGUCAGCGACUCUCCGUCGCAUAACUUCUUAUCUGAUGCUGCAUCAGCACCCUAUUCCAGUUAUAAAACUGUUUACCAUUCUUCACACUCACAUUAAAUGUUGCUAUUUUCUAUUCUGAUUUUAAAUUUUGGAAACUUUGCAGUUCAAGAAGAGUAAAGACAAACGCUUUGCUAAAAUUCCUUGAUAAGUUUGAUCCUCAGGGGAAAUGGGCUAAAGAAGAGAGGCUAAUACUUGGUGGCAGCAAUCAUCAGCAAUGAGAGGGAAUAAAGCCCACUUCACUCAGCAGAGAGAAAAGCUGCUGGGUGCAGACUGAACAGGUUUCAGCUUUACUUCCUGCUGUCCGGAGCAUCUUUCAAAGUUCACUUGCACUUUAACAGGUCGCAACUGCUGCCGCUGUCCCUCUGGGCGAUGUACAGGGGGGUGUGAGCUGUCCCACCCCAUCCUCCCUCCCUGUGCCCAGGCUCUUCAGUUGCACCUCGCUCUGCUGAGGACGCAGAAGGUCCUUCAGGCAGGGAGCUGCCUGAGCGGGAGAGCAAUGACAAUCUUUGCAAACUGUGUGUUCUUUAUUAAACUGAAGUACUCAUCCAUUCAGAAGAAGAACAGCCUGAAAGCAUGUAUAGAAGAAAAUGGUGGAGCAAUUGAUUUUGUGCUUAAUAACAAAUGUACACAUGUUCUUGUGGAUAAUGCCAAUGUCCUCAGUCAUCACAAUCUAAAAAUUACUCAGAAAUAUCAGCUGCCUGUUUUAUAUGCAGAUUUUGUCUGGAAAUCAGUUGAAAAUGGGAAGCUUUUAGUAACUGAUGCAUUUGAGGUUAAUACAUCACAAGGCAACAUUUCUAACCAAUGGCCAGGUGGACAUGGUUUGGAAGACUUGUCAUCUUCUGAAAAUAAAAUUGCCACAAAUCAAAACGAAAGCAAUGACUCCAAUCUUACUGUUAUAGGAGAAAGUGACAAGAGAAUUGAAUUCAAAGUGGGAACUCUCAGAUUUCACAGUGAAAAUGCUUCUGUUUUUCCUCAAGAUUUUGAAGUUGCAAAAUACAAUGUCCUUGAAAAAAUUAACUCCAAGGGAAGCAAAGAUUUUGUAGUUAUUGAAUUACAUUGUUCUCAAGAACAGUAUGAGUUCCUGUUUCGAUUAUGUGCACAUUUCAGCGCUUCAAAUGGAACCAAGAAAGAUAAACAAUUCAUAAUAAAUAAGACUGCUGACGAAAUAAGAGAAAAUUAUGACAUUCUUGUUGCAAACCUGAAGAGCCAGGAUUUCCUGCUCAGAGAAACUUUUCCACCAGAAGCAGAAUGUUUAGCUUCUACAAAAUUACAAAAGUUACUUUUAGAAGAAUCCAUAAAUUCAAGUGCUAUAUGUCAAGAAGUUAGUGAUUUUGUGGAGCUGAUCUGGGCAGAAGCUCUUGGCCACCUGGAUAGUCUACUACUUGAAUCAGUAAACAACAUAAGCCUAAAUGAUGUGAGCAAAGCAGAAGGUAUUUUGCUUCAGGUAAAGAAUGCACUGAAUGAGGGAGCUAAUGAGACAGCACUACAAGAGAUGAUGAUGGAAUUCUAUCAACUUAUACGUCACAAAACUGAAAUAGACUAUGAAGUUUCCAAAAGGCUGUUAUCUAGAAAGCAGGACCUGUGCCAGCUCAUGCGAGACAUGCUUAAUAUACGGGAAACAAGUAUGUCAUGCCCAAACCCAUCAUCUCUGGCCAAAUACCAGUCCCUGAGGUGCAAGAUUGAUGCUGUUGAUCCAAUGAGUGAUGAAUUUCUCGGUGUUGAACGACAAGUGUUAAAAAACAAUUACAAUGGCUGUUCAGUGAGAAUUUUACAAGUAUAUAGGAUUGGCAGAGUAAGUGAAACAGCAGAAUUUCUGGGCAGUCUUGGAAAUGUUCGGUCUUUAUUCCAUGCAUCGUCUGUACGCAAUUUCAUGGGAAUUCUUUCCAGAGGACUCCUAAUGCCAAAAGUGGUUGUUGAAGAUCAUGGUGUGGAAAGAACAGACACUGGGAAUCUGGGAAGUGGCAUUUACUUCAGUGAUUCUGUUAGUGCCAGUGUUAAGUAUUCUUCACCCAGCGAAAUGGAUGGAACCCGACUCCUGGCAGUUUGUGAUGUGGCACUUGGAUCCUGCUUAGAUUUGUAUGAACGAGAUUUUUCAUUAAAUGCUGCCCCAUCGGGUUACAACAGCGUCCACGGAGUCCGUAAAACAGCAGACGUCUCUUCAGACUUUGAGGAUGAUGAAUUUGUUGUGUACAAAACCACACAGGUUAAAAUUAGAUAUGUUGUUAAGUUUUGCCUUGCUGAAGAUCAAAUAAAACAAUUCCAGCCUGGAACUGAGGUGGAAAUUGAGCAAGAUAACACUGAGCCGGAGUCACAGUGUCAUUUACAGAAUGAGAGCUAUGAAUUACCCAGUGCAAAUAUUUCAGAUACAGUGAAAACUGGUCUUCAAGACAGACUGGGAAAUCCUGUUCCUCUGGAAAGUGUUCAUAUCAAGGCAAGGAUAAUAGACUUUGUAGCACAGGUAGUGAUGUUUCAGACCUACACCAAUCAAAACAGUAGUCCAAUUGAAGCUAAGUAUGUUUUCCCUUUGGAUGAUAAAGCUGCUGUUUGUGGAUUUGAAGCUUUUGUCAACGGAAGACACAUCAUUGGGCAGGUUAAAGAAAAGAAACAAGCACAUAGAGAAUAUCGCAAAGCUAUUAGUGAAGGUGAUGGAGCUUAUCUCAUGGACCAGGAUGCACCGGAUAUUUUUGUAAUAACUGUUGGAAAUAUAUGUCCAAACUCUACAGUACUGAUCAAGGUCACCUAUAUCACUGAACUGAGUUGCCUGAACGGUUGUAUCACCUUUCAUAUGCCUGCUUCUGUGUCACCAUGGCAACAGGACAAAGCACUGAAUGAAAACACACAGGAUACAAUAAAAAAGAUUUGUGUUAAACAAGUAGAAACGCUGAAAAAAUUCUCCUUGGAUAUGUCUAUUGAGAUGCCGUAUAGCAUUGAAAGCAUACAUAGUUGGACACAUAAACUUAAAAUAAAGAAAACAGAAUGCAAGGCUGUAAUUAAGACCGUAGAAAACAGUUCUUUGGACAGUAGUGGCUUUGGUCUAGAUAUAUGGAUUUCUCAUGCCUAUCUACCCCGAAUGUGGGUAGAGAAGCAUCCCAACAAAAAUAGUGAGGCUUGCAUGCUUGUAUUCCAACCAGAAUUUGAAGCAGCAUUUGAUGAAGAGCAGCUGUCCAGUGAAAUUAUUAUUUUACUAGAUUGCUCAAAUUCCAUGGCAGGUUCAGCUCUAUUGCAAGCAAAACAGAUUGCUUUACAUGCCUUAAAACAGUUUAGUUCCAGACAAAAUGUAAAUUUAAUCAAAUUUGGCACAAAUUUCUCAGAAUUCUCUUCAUUUUCAAAGAACACCUCAAAGGAUUUGGCGUCACUAACUGAGUUUAUUACAUCCGCUACGGCAACAAUGGGAAACACUGACUUAUGGAAGACCUUACGUUACUUAAGUUUACUAUUUCCUUCUCAAGGACAUCGUAACAUUCUUCUUAUAUCCGAUGGACACAUUCAGAACGAGAGCGUGACCUUCCAGCUUGUGAAAGAUAAUGUCCACCAUACAAGGUUAUUUACAUGUGGUGUUGGUUCCACAGCAAAUCGACACAUGCUGAGAUCUUUGUCCCAGUAUGGUGCUGGAGCAUUUGAAUACUUUGACUCAAAAUCAAAGUAUAACUGGGAGGCAAAGAUACAGAACCAAGUGUCUAGGAUAUUUUCUCCAGGAUGUAGUUCUGUUUCUAUUAAAUGGCAACAGUUUGAUAUAAAUGCACCAAAGCCAAUGCAGGCUCCUGCUCAAAUACAGUCUUUGUUUACCAAUGAGAGGCUUCUCGUCUAUGGAUUUGUCCCUCACUGUACUCAGGCCACCUUAAGGGCAAUAAUAAAUGACCAAGAACUACAAACUGUGGUGUCAACUACUGAAUUACAGAAGACAACGGGAACAGUGCUACACAAACUCACAGCAAGAGCUUUCAUUAGGGACUAUGAAGACGGUAUUCUUCAUGAGAAUGAAACAGAACAUGAGAUGAAGAAGCAAAUCUUGAAGAACAUGAUUAUACAUCUCAGCAUGGAGAACUCAAUUAUAACCCAGUUUACAAGCUUCAUUGCGAUUGAGAAGAGGGAUGCUAAUGAAAUCUGUUCUGCUAAUGUUCCAAACAUCCUGGAAAUUAUAGCUCAAGAAGAUGUUGAUUUUUUACCUUACAUGAACUGGGAACAAAAGCCAAUGGGAUCCGGAACCUUAUUUUCAGGAGAACCUUACGGGAUUCCUCCAUUUGAUGCAGUUCUGCAAGAUUCUGAUGCUCAGUCAGAUUGUUUCACAACUAAGAGAUGUGAAACUGAAGGCCUCCAACUCCAACCUGAAGAUCUUACUGUUACUAAAGAAAGCAUCUCACAAGAAGUCAUACCACAGGACUAUGGAUUUCAUGAUGAUGACAUCGCAACGGUGAAAUUUGCAGCAGCAAUGCCAUUUGUGCCAUGUAAACCUUUCGUGAUGAGUUAUUGCAACACUGCUCCAUUAUUUGGCUCUGCAGUAGGAGCAGCUUAUAUGACUCAAAAAAAUUCAUUUCCAACACCUGCACUUGCAAGUUCAGGUGCUCAUCUGAGACUUUGUGGAUCUCCUGUUUAUUCUCCUCCAAGUCCAUUGGUAGGAAUGAAAUAUGAUAACUCUUUUGUUGAUCAUAUACCGAAUACAAUUAUGUUUGGUUCAUGUGCAAGCACAUACUCUUCUGAUAAGACUAAUGCUGAAAAACAAGUUACUCACAAUUCUCCUGUUCCCCAACAUCAUAAAAAAACAAAAUUAAAGGCAAAGUAUAGGAAGAAAAUGGUAACAGGUCUGCAGGAUGCUACAGCUUCUGAACAGGAAUUUCCUGAGAGACCUAAACGUUUGCUACAACCGAGCUGUUUUAUAACAACAGAGAAAGAAAGAAGCCAACAGAAACUUGAGUUUACUCCUGUAAUGUGGGAAGAAAUUUUUGAUCUCCAAAAUCAGGAUGGCUCUUGGAAUCUCAGUCCACAGUUGGGAAAAAUCUUGAAAUUUGAUGUUGAUUAUUUAAUUAAUCAUUUCCUUAUUAGAAAUGGCAUUCAGUCACUCGGCAUAAAGGGAAAAGAAAAGCUACUGAAGUUGAUUGCUACUCUUCUUGUGCUACAGUUCAUACGCUGUGCAAAUGAACUGCAAGGGAUAGUCUUCAAAUCACUGAUGAAACUGGACAACUUAACUUCAAGCGGUGUUCACUGGGCUUUUGAGUCCAUCAAGAAGGCAACAGAGUGGGUAAAAAGAGUUGAAGGCCAAUUUCCAUCUAUUUGCUAUCGACUUGAACUUGGAAAAGACUGGGAUUCUGCCACCAAGAUGAUACUGGGGAUCAAAUGUAACUAACAGCAGCUCUCUUUCCACUUAAAACAUUUCAUGAUUGGGAUUGUUUAAGUUAAUAGCAAUGUCAGCCUUUCUUUCUGUUUUACGUAUUUUAACCGAGUGAUUUUCACCUUAUGUUAUUCUUGAAUAAUCUUCAUAGUCACAGACAAAUGCUCCUGGUGCUGUUAUUGUACCUCUGUUGGUUUUAUCUCUUCUGAACUCUUCUCUUCUUCUGUGAGAGCACCAUAAGGCGUAGCGCAGUCACUCAGCUCAGUGCCGCGGUGUGUUCUGAGGGAUACCGGUGUGCUCAGCAAAGCCCUAAUAAACACCUCCACAGUACAACCUC